GGCAGCACCCAGCCCGGAAGAAGCAGCGGAGGGGCGAGAGAGACCCCUGUAAAUGCCUGAGUAGCAGCUACCGCUGAAAGCAACAGGUUGUCAGGUGCGUGGCUUUAACAACUUCUGGCACCUGAGUUUGAACAGUGAAAAGUACAAUGCGUUGGAGCCUUUUGGCGCACUGGCGCAUAGCAUAUCAGUUUGAUGAAACACAAAGUAUUAUUUUCUGCGCCGAUACUUCAAUAGGCUAUUUGUUACUCAGUGAAAAUAUUUGUUGUAGUGUGCAGUGUCCAUCCAAUAAACUGAAGAUUGUUUUAUAUCUAGGCUACAUUGCACAUUUUACUCUUUUUUUUCUGACCUUGAAUGAUGAUGAGUUUUAGACUACUUUCCUACUCCUCCGUGAGUGUUUUGAUUGACCCAUGUCUGCACUGAGAAAAUGUAAGAAUCUUUACUAAGGUUAAACUUUCAUUAGACCUGUAGCCUUAAUUUAAUUUAAAACCAACCAUAGCCUACCGAGAUUCCACCAAUGCCGCCCAUCAGACCAAUGCAAUAGACUGAAUACUCACGUCUUCCAUGAUAAAAAACGAUGAUCCGUUAUAUGUGGAGGAAUAACACUCGACGGCGGCCCUUAUCCUUGACAAAAAGUCGGUAUUUCACUUCUUUUAGACAGCAACCAACUAAUAUACAACAUGACGCGAAGCUUUGGAAGAAAAUAAGGAACUGUACAAGUUUUGACGCUGAACGGUCUCGUCUCUUUCUUUCCUCUUUCGACCACUUUCGACUCAGCUACAAGUUUGAAGAAAAAAAGUUUGGUUUCCGGUAAGUCCCUGAAUGCCUCAGCGCGUCAAUAGAAAGGGGACGUCAAUUGAAGUGAAUCCGUCGCUCCCUAGGCGCAGUGAAGGCCGUGACAAAUUGAUGUAGGCUAGCCUAUGCUUUUUCUCAAGAGUUUACGCAGUGCAAAUGUGAGUGAGCCCCUUCACACUGUCUCUGUCACCAACACAGUAACCUAUUGUCUAACCUUGAGAAGUAAGCUUGUCCUUUGGCACAAUGAAUGACGCCAUAAAACCAUCAUCCUGAACUCAUGAUAAAAACACAGCACUGCAAGACCAAUAAAAUAGAUUGUGUAAAGCAUUCCUAUACAGUGGGAAUAAAACACAUGGAAUUAUUUCCUUCUUGUCAUCCUCAUUUGUUUGGACUUUUAGGAAUAUCUUACUACACCCACUAUCCCACUGUGUUUGUCCUUAAUGAAAACAAUUGCAUAGUAAUAUUUUUUUUUUUUUAAACAACAACAAUGUUAUUAACAUGGAACUACAGUAUAUAACAUCCAUUUUGUCAACAUUUCUGAAUAGUGAAUCAGAUGUGGUCAUCACUCUGUAAUAAAAUAACAGGUUGUAUUUAAUACAAUAACAAGUUGUUUGAUGAAUGAUUUGACAUUUUGUCCUUUAAAGUUCCCUGUCACGCUAACAUUUUCAUUCAACCUAGAUUUAGCUCCUGGAGCUGUACCAUUGUGGAUUGGAUAAACAGUGGAUUAAUCAUAAACUCUAAGCUUGUCUCUUCCUACUUCCUGAUAGGUGUCACGCCCUGACUCAGGGGACUCUUAUAUGUUGAGUCAGGGUGUGGUUUUCUAUGUUGUGUAUAUCUAUGUGUAAAUUCUAGUAUGUGUAGUUCUAUGUUGGCCGGUGUGGUUCCCAAUCAGAGGCAGCUGUCACUCGUUGUCUCUGAUUGGGGAUCAUACUUAGGCAGCCUGUUGGCACUCGUUAGUUGUGGGAUCUUGUUCUGUGUGGAGGCUUGUUUAGUGUUCAGCCUUAGGACUUCACGGUUCGUUGGUUUGUUGUUUUGUUCGUGUGUUUAUCAUUUAAAUAAACAUGUACGCAUUUCACGCUGCGCCUUGGUCUGACCCGUCUUUAAACGAACGUGACAAUACGUGUGGUGGCUGUUAUUGGUUAGAGGGUAUCUACUGUCUGUCACAACACUGAACUAUAAAAAAAAACGGAGCUCCCCUGGGCUAGGCUGCAGUUUACUCUAAAUUAACCGUUCUCUUGCAUAAUUAAUUUCUCAAUGCUUAUAUCUUAAAAUAAAUAAAUGCAUUUCAUGUGAUGAAGCUGGGCGUGUGUCAUACAUAUUAUGUGAGUGUAUGUGUGUGUGGGUCUGUAUGUGCACGCAUGCAUAUGUGUGUGAGUGUGUUUGCGUGCGUGCAUGCAUACAUACAUAUGUGUGUCUGCGCGCGCGCGUGUGUGUAUAUGCAUGCAUGCAUACGUGUGUGUGUACGUGUGUGUGUGUACGUGUGUGUUACAGUUACAUGCAGUGAGGCAGAUUAGAAACUAAACUACACUGACAUUUAAUUGAACGUCACCUUAUUUAGAGGAAGAGGAAGUGGUGAAUGAUGCAUAAGGCAUGCUAUCUCAUUAGUGGUCCAAUGUUUGCUCAAUAAAGUCUGAGCACCCAAGAAGAAGACCUUGUUGGUCACCUAGCCUAUUCCUACUUCUAAUGAAAGUAUCCUUGAGCAGGGUCUCUCUCUUUUCCUUUUUUCAUCCACGUUGAAGCUUCUUCCACUCUUCAACUCAUGCACAGGACUUUGUCAGGACAGACUACACAUCCACCUCUAGUGUCUUACCAACAACCACAACCAAUAUACAUCACAGAAAGUAGUUUCUUCGUACAUGCACAAUAUUUAGUGGUCUCAGUGAGAGUCGUAAUCAAAACAAGUCUUAAGACUUGUUUAGUGAAGGCUGCAUGAAGAGUGAAAUGUGUAAACAAAAAGGUCAUCUUUAUCUUCAUCUGCCAUCCAGGACCUAUAUACUAGGUGGUGUCAGGACCUAUAUACCAGGCGGUGUCAGGACCUAUAUACUAGGCGGUGUCAGGACCUAUAUACUAGGCGGUGUCAGGACCUAUAUACUAGGCGGUGUCAGGUCCUAUAUACUAGGUGGUGUCAGGUCCUAUAUACUUGGUGGUGUCAGGGCCUAUAUACUAGGCGGUGUCAGGACCUAUAUACUAGGCGGUGUCAGGACAUAUAUACUAGGCGGUGUCAGGACCUAUAUACUAGGUGGUGUCAGGACCUAUAUACUAGGUGGUGUCAGGACCUAUAUACCAGGCGGUGUCAGGACCUAUAUACUAGGCGGUGUCAGGACAUAUAUACUAGGCGGUGUCAGGACCUAUAUACUAGGUGGUGUCAGGACCUAUAUACUAGGUGGUGUCAGGACCUAUAUACCAGGCGGUGUCAGGACCUAUAUACCAGGCGGUGUCAGGACCUAUAUACUAGGUGGUGUCAGGACCUAUAUACUAGGUGGUGUCAGGACCUAUAUACUAGGUGGUGUCAGGACCUAUAUACUAGGUGGUGUCAGGACCUAUAUACUAGGUGGUGUCAGGACCUAUAUACUAGGCGGUGUCAGGACCUAUAUACUAGGUGGUGUCAGGACCUAUAUACUAGGCGCAGGACCUAUAUACUAGGUGGUGUCAGGACCUAUAUACUAGGCGGUGUCAGGACCUAUAUACUAGGCGGUGUCAGGACCUAUAUACUAGGCGGUGUCAGGACCUAUACACUAGGCGGUGUCAGGACCUAUAUACUAGGUGGUGUCAGGACCUAUAUACUAGGUGGUGUCAGGACCUAUAUACCAGGCGGUGUCAGGACCUAUAUACCAGGCGGUGUCAGGACCUAUAUACCAGGCGGUGUCAGGACCUAUAUACUAGGUGGUGUCAGGAACCUAUAUACUAUGUGGUGUCAGGAGCUAUAUAAUAGGUGGUGUCAGGACCUAUAUACUAGGUGGUGUCAGGACCCAUAUAUACUAGGUGGUGUCAGGACCUAUAUACCAGGCGGUGUCAGGACCUAUAUACUAGGCGGUGUCAGGUCCUAUAUACUAGGUGGUGUCAGGACCUAUAUACUAGGUGGUGUCAGGACCUAUAUACUAGGCGGUGUCAGGACCUAUAUACUAGGCGGUGUCAGGACCUAUAUACUAGGCGGUGUCAGGACCUAUAUACUAGGUGGUGUCGGGACCUAUAUACCAGGCGGUGUCAUGACCUAUAUACUAGGUGGUGUCAGACCCUAUAUACCAGGCGGUGUCAGGACCUAUAUACUAGGUGGUGUCAGGACCUAUAUACUAGGCGGUGUCAGGACCUUUAUACUAGGUGGUGUCAGGUACUAUAUAUACUAGGUGGUGUCAGGACCUAUAUACUAGGUGGUGUCAGGACCUAUAUACUAGGUGGUGUCAGGACCUAAAUACCAGGCGGUGUCAGGACCCAUAUAUACUAGGUGGUGUCAGGAACUAUAUAUUAGGUGGUGUCAGGACCUAUAUACUAGGUGGUGUCAGGACCUAUAUACUAGGUGGUGUCAGGACCUAUAUACCAGGCGGUGUCAGGACCUAUAUACCAGGCGGUGUCAGGACCUAUAUACCAGGUGGUGUCAGGACCUAUAUACUAGGUGGUGUCAGGACCUAUAUACUAGGUGGUGUCAGGACCUAUAAACUAGGUGGUGUCAGGACCUAUAUACUAGGUGGUGCCAGGACCCAUAUAUACUAGGUGGUGUCAGGACCUAUAUACCAGGCAGUGUCAGGACCUAUAUACUAGGCGGUGUCAGGACCUAUAUACUAGGUGGUGUCAGGACCUAUAUACUAGGUGGUGUCAGGACCUAUAUACUAGGCGGUGUCAGGACCUAUAUACUAGGCGGUGUCAGGACCUAUUUACCAGUCAGAGGAAGGCCCAAAAUAUUGUCAAAGACACCAGUCACCCAAGUCAUAGACUGUUCUCUCUGCUACCUUAUGGCAAGCGGUACCGGAGUGCCAAGUCUAGGUCGAAAAGGCUCCUUAACAGCUUCUACCCCCAAGCCAUAAGACUGCUGAACAAUUAAUCAAUUAAUCAAAUGUCCACCCACUGCUGCUACUCGCUGUUUAUUAUCUAUGCAUAGUCACUUUACCCCUACCUACAUGUACACAUUACCUUGACUAACCUGUACCCCCACACAUUGACUCGGUACCGGUACCCCCUUUAUAUAGCCUCAUGAUUGUUAUUUUAUUGUGUUACUUUUUUUAAAAUUACUUUAGUUUAUUUAGUAAAUAUUUUCUUAACUCUAUUUUCUUAAACUGCAUGGUUGGUUAAGGGCUUGUAAGUAAGCAUUUCACGGUAAGGUCUACACCUGUUGUAUUCGGCGCAUGUGACAAAUACAAUUUGAUUUGAUUUGAUCUAUGGGCCCAGCUGCCUGUAAAACCUUUCCACAGUUCUACACUCAAACACUGCUUUGAGUCUUCCCACCUUGUGCCUGCAUCAGCAGUGAAGCACCACCCUCAGGUAGUCUUUGGUAAGUGCGCUGAUUUAACUGAAGCUCUCUGUCUGGUCUGGACUGGAGUAAACUGAGGGAAAAGUAGGAUCAGACACUGCUCUUAGGUCAGUUUUGAGUUAUCCCCCCUAAUAGUUAAUGAAGAUAGGAUCUGAAGACUGUAGAUUGUCCUAGAUCUGUGUGUACCUCUACCCAUAGUGCUGUGUCCCAGCAACCCAAGGCCAAGUAGCUGUCUGGAAGAAACACCCUGGGCAAUUUCCCCAACAUUAAUGUUUUUACUGUCUGCUUCAAAGUCAGUGGGAGCUAUCCAAAUAGCUACACAAGUAAUAUGGAAACAUAUCAUUGUAGUUCCUUCAAAACAUUUUUCCGAAUUUAGUUUCUGUAUUUACUUGCUCAAUUUCCUGUUUGUUUCAUGACCAAAGUGUAGGGUGAAUUGCCACUAGAUGCUGAUCUUGGCUCCGUUUUCCCCAAUAAUGGUUAAGGUUAGGAAUGGGGGAGGGGAAACUGAUCCUAGAUCUGUGCCUAGGGGAAACCUCACCCAGGAGCCAUAAUCAACCAAAUGUCAUGUCAUGUACAGACAGAUGUGUCUCUUGUAGGGUUUGAAUCACAGUCUCUCUUGCAAAUGUCCCACCGUUGUCUCCUGUUAUGGUGUCCUAGUGGCUGGAACAAUUAUAUCAUGAGAGCUUGGGACUAUAAGGUUUUAAAAGAUGAUUCUGAGAUUUGGGUAUUUGGUAUUUUAUUAGGAACUCCAUCAGCUGUUGCAAAAGCAGCAGCUACUCUUCCUGGGGUCCACACAAAACAUGAAACAUGACAUAAUACAGAACAUUAAUAGACAAGAACAGCUCAAGGACAGCACUACAUACAUUUUAAAAAGGCACACGUAGCCUAAAUAUCAAUACAUACACACAAACUAUCUAGGUCAAAUAGGGGAGAGGCGUUGUGCCGUGAGGUGUUUGCUUUAUCUGUUUUUUGAAACCAGGUUUGCUGUUCAUUUGAGCAAUAUGAGAUGGAACGGAGUUCCAUGCAAUAAUGGCUCUAUAUAAUACUGUACGCUUUCUUGACCAUGCAAACAAUUUGGGAUUUUCAACACGUUAAUGUUUCUUAUAAAAAGAAGAAGUGAUACAGUCAGUCUCUCCUCAACUCUUAGCCAAGAGAGACUGGCAUGCAUAGUAUUUAUAUCUGCCCUCUGAUUACAAUGAAGAGCAAUACGUGCCGCUCUGUUCUGGGCCAGCUGCAGCUUAACUAGGGCUUUCCUUUCAGCACUAGACCACACGACUGGACAAUAAUCAAGAUAAGACAAAACUAGAGCCUGCAGGACUUGCUUUUUGGAGUGUGGUGUCAAAAAAGAAAAGCAUCUCUUUAUUAUGGACAGACCUCCCCCCAUCUUUACAACCAUUCAAUCUAUAUGUUUUGACCAUGACAGUUUACAGUCUAAGGUAACACCAAGUAAUUUAGUCUCCUCAACUUGUUCAACAGCCACACCAUUCAUUACCAGAUUCAGCUGAGGUCUAGAACUUAGGGAAUUAUUUGCACCAAAUACAAUGCUCUUAGUUUUAGAGAUUUUCAGGACCAGUUUAUUAGUGGCCACCCAUUCCAAAACAGACUGCAACUCUUUGUUAAGGGUUUCAGUGACUUUAUUAGCUGUGGUUGCUGAUGUGUAUUUGGUUGAAUCAUCAGUAUACAUGGACACACAUGCUAUGUUUAAUGCCAGUGGCAGGUCAUUGGUAAAAUAGAAAAGAGUAGAGGGCCUAGAGAGCUGCCCUGCGGUACACCACACUUUCAUGUUUGACAUUAGAGAAGCUUCCAUUAAAGAAAACCCUUUGAGUUCUAUUAGAUAGAUAGCUCUGAAUCCACGAUAUUGCAGUUGAAAAGCCAUAACACAUGCAUUUUUUCAACAACAGGUUAUGGUCAAUAAUAUCAAAGGCUGCACUGAAAUCUAACAGUACAGCUCCCACAAUCUUCUUAUUCUGAAUUUCUUUCAACCAAUCAUCUGUCAUUUGUGUCAGUGCAGUACAUGUUGAGUGCCCUUCUCUAUAAGCAUGCUGAAAGUCUUUUGUUAAUUUGUUUACAGAGAAAUAGCAUUGUAUUUGGUCAAACACAAUUUUUUCCAACAGUUUGCUAAGAGCUGUCAGCAAGCUGAUAGGUCUGCUGUCAGAACCAGUAAUGGCCCCUUAACCACUCUCGGGUAGCGGAAUUACUUUGGCUUUCCUCCAGGCCCGAGGACAAAGACUUUCCUCUAGGCUCAGAUUAAAGAUAUGACAGGUAGGAGUGGCUAUUGAGUCAGCUACCAUCCUCAGUAGCUUUCCAUCUAAGUUGUCAAUGCCAGGAGGUUUGUCAUUAUUGAUUGAUAAAAAUAAUUUUUCCACCUCUCCCACACUAACUUUACAAAAUUCAAACUUGCAAUGUUCGUUGUUGGCAUUUUCUGCCUAAGUUUGCCCACUUUGCCAAUGAAGUAAUCAUUAAAAUAACUGGCAACAUCAAAUGGUUUUGUGACGAAUAAGCCAUCUGAUUCGAUGAAAGAUUUGAUAAUUUGUUUUUCUGCCCAUCAUUUAAUUUGAAGUACUCCAAAGUUUUUUUCCAUCAUUCUUUAUAUCAUUGAUCUUGGCUUCAUAAUACAGUUUCUUCUUCUUUUUGUUGAGUUUAAUUUCUCAAUUUGCAGUAAGUCAGCCAGUCAGAUAUUGUAGUUGGCUAUAAAGUUCCAAACCCUCAUUGGUUUUAAUGGAGGUGUCAGCAAUUCUUUUUGAUCUUGUAUUCUUAUGAACUUAACAACAUUAAUUGGGGGUAUUUAGAGGACUAUAUAGGCAGAGAAUAUUUAACAGAAUAAGGCUAUGUCAAUAACUAAAUUCUGACAGAAAUGCAGAUAGAACCUUAGAGUCCCAAGCUCUCGAUUACUCACAACACAUUGUGCCCAUACAUUUGCUUAUGGGUUAGUUGAGAGAGUGGAGGAUGCACAUUCCAGAUUUCUUCAUCUGUGUAAACAACACAGAUAAAUAUAAAGGAAAGGUCUUCACACGGUCAGACACUGUAUACUGCUUCCUUGUUUUGUUCCUGCCCCCAUUUAUACAAGGGAUCUGCUCAAAUAGAUUUAAUAUGCAUCCUUCCUUCAUCCCUUCCUAUAAAUAAUCACUGAUUUGACAUGUCUGGAUUAGUGAAAGCUAUGAGGUUGAACCCUUACUUUCACCUAUCCAAUCAUAUUAGAUUAGCGUUUUUUUUAUUCAUUUUUUUACGAGUGGGGCAGUCCAACUCUUCACAUAUUUUUUUGCUUAUUGGAUAGGACAGAGGUAGAGGGGAAAGUUAGAGGGGAGAGUGUGGACCGGAUCCGAACCCAUGCUGCAGAAGUAUAACAUGUUUGUGAUUCUGAGGCAGCGGCUUAGACUGCUAGAACACCCUAGGCGACAGAAUGAAGCAUUUUAACAGUUUUAAAACAGCUUCUCUGUCUCUGUCUCUGUCUCUCUCUCUCUCUCUCUCUCUCUCUCUCUCGCUCUCUCUCUCUCUCUCUCUCACACACACUCACAAACACACACACACACACAAACACACACACACACACACACACUUGAUCACACACACUUGUUCACACGCACUUUAUCACACACGCACGCACACGCAUCCCGCCUCACGGUGGGACUAUCAUUGUUCCUUCUGUUUUAUCACAGAGAGAUCACACCAGAGGAGUGUCAUUGGGAUGCUAUGAGUGGCUGAGGCUCCUGGCGGACACUAUAAUUGCACUGUCAUACAGCUGAUGGGAAGUGUGGACCUGUAAAUCAAUGAGAAUCAUGGCAGGCCCUGUCGACACUGGCAGGCCAAUCUGAGCUAAUGCCACACCUCCCACAAGAGUUAGGUCAUCUCCCACCGGUGUCUCUAGAUCUUGUUCUCUCUCUCAUUCUCUCUCUUGUUCUCUCUCUUGUUCUCUCUCUUGUUCUCUCUCUUGUUCUCUCUCUCAUUCUCUCUCUCGUUCUCUCUCGUUCUCUCUCUCUCUUGUUCUCUCUCUGUUCUCUCUCGUUCUCUCUCGUUCUCUCUCGUUCUCUCUCUCUCGUUCUCUCUCGUUCUCUCUCGUCUCUCGUUCUCUCUCUUGUUCUCUCUCUUGUUCUCUCUCUCGUUCUCUCUCGUUCUCUCUCUCGUUCUCUCUCUCGUUCUCUCUCUCGUUUUCUCUACCGUUCUCUCUCUCGUUCUCUCUCUUAUUCUCUCUCUUGUUCUCUCUCUUCUUAUCUACUGCUCUCUUUCUCUUUCUCUGUCUCUGAUCUCGUUAUCAUACUUGUUCUCUGUCUGUCCCUCUGUCUGUCGGUUUUUCUGUCUGUCCCUCUGUUCGUCCCUCUGUUUGUCCCUCCAUAUGUCUGUCUGUUUCUGUAUGUGUGUAUAUAACAGAGAGUGACAGAGAGAGAGAGGGAUAGAGAGAGCGAGAGAGUGAUAGAGAGAGAGAGUGAUAGAGAGAGUGAGUGAUAGAGAGAGUGAGUGAUAGAGAGCUUGUGUGUCUCUCUGUGAAUGAAUGUGUGUGUUCCACACAAGUGGUAUUGUAAUGAAAAUAAUUGAAAAAUGAACCUCUGUCCAGUCUGAUGUAGUGGAAAGCUGACAUCAUUUAGAGUCAAAUAUAUAUAAAAACAGAGACUCAGCAACCCUGACAGUGUCUGAAAGUACGUUUCAUAGAUGUAGAGCUGAGAAACUGAAUGCCCUGGUUUUCUGUCUGCUACGGGGCAGAGGGAGAUGGAUUUACUCAAUUACUCACGCUUAAUCUACUAUUUCCAGUGUUUGUAAUUUGUAGAUUUUGUUUCAUUCAACUCAAAAGGUCAAAUAGUGAGUGCUUAUAUUUGUCCUGUUUCACUCCAUGUACACGCGGUUAACCUGUAUUAGUGUGAGGUGUGAAAUGGAAAUGUGUUUUUUACAUAUCCCAACUCCCCCGCAGACACCCUCAGAGAGUGUGGUCACUGCCAGGGAUCAAGUUGCCAGUUCAGGGAUGGGCAACUUUGAUGGGGGUGGGGCCCACAAAAAAUCUACAAACAUCAUGAGGGUCAUCAGUUGCUCGCGAGUCUGGGUACCCACGUGUUAGCUGACAUGGGCGAAUUGAGUGACCAUCAGUGACUGACCUAACAACAGAAAAACUGCUGAUGCUCAACCAAAUUUUGAAAUUGCACAUUGUGCAUUCUACUAUUCUAACUUGUAACAGUAACUUGAGACCCCGAAUUGUAUUUUAUUUUAUUAUUAUAAUUGUUUUCUUUUAUUGAUCCAAGGGGCUUCAAAAGGGAGCGGGCUGCAGGCUGCCAGUUGCCCAUCCCUGUGCUAAUUACUCAGAGGUUACAUUUGGAUAUGUUUGCUUAUUUUGAAUAUGACACGCUGUAUGUUUGUUGUUGGGCCUUAGCCUACUUGUACACACAGUUCAUGAUUAAUAUGGUUUAUUUGACAGCUAGAUAUGUUUGCAUGAAGUUAUUUUGGCACUAAUUUUCCCUCAGCGGUGCUGACUGAGUUUACUGUAUGUGGCUCUAUUCAUUAACUGUUAGCUGUGUGUGUGUGUGUGUGUGUGUAUGUGUGUGUGUGUGUGUGUGUGUGUGUGUGUGUGUGUGUUUGUUUGUUUUCCUUUCCACUUUCCAUAUCUUUGGACUGAUCUCUGUCCUCAAUAUAAAUGGGCAUGUAGGCCUAUAGCCAAUGCAAAACCAAGAUGUGAUGGUGAACCGGAAUCAAGGUCGCUGGGUUUGAUUAUUAACAUUACUGAUAGCUCUGACUACAAGUUGGCACUAUUGUGCUAGCUAGCCUUUAUUAUUCUGUAAAAUCAUCAGUGUGCCAAUGGUAUUUUUCCAUUCUAUCAAUAUAGGCUACCAGUUCAUUUUAAAUGAUUUAACCUGAAGAGCAUCUUUAAUGUAGUCUACCUCCCCAAAAUGUAAUAUUGCCUCGCUACUCUAUUAAUUAAAAAACAAAGAGCAUCCCAAAGGUCUCAGAUUCUAAGUCAUUUUUGGACUAUAGGCCUAGUCCUUUUCCUCAGGGUUGAUGUAAUAGAAACUCUCUCCGGGUAUAUUGAUGUUUAUACUGUACAUUAAAUAUAAAUCAUACUGUACCGGUAACAUGGAGACAGAUACCUGCUGGGUUGUUUCCUAAUACUGUAUGUCAUGUUAGACUUUUAUAUCUGCGACCUGCAUGAUAAAAAAAAAAAAAGGUGAAUUGAACGUGAGUCAUUAAAGAAUAAAAAAAAUAUUUAAAAAACACAAUAUUACCGGUUGAUAGCCAUUAGAUACGUCAUUAGAUAGCCAUAGGGCUUAUUGUCAUAUUCAUUCCCUUAGAUAACAGAAGGACGUUUUUCAUUUCAGAAAGUCUUUAUAAAGCGUCAACUGUCACAUGGCAAAAACUCUGGACAAAAUACAGUAGCCCAAAACAUAGCUUUGGCCUGGUCAAAAUGGCAGGCUAAUACUGUAGGCUUAAAGAGCUGUUAGACACCUGUCAUAAUAGAAUUAAGAAUUCAUUAUCUGUCACAAUGUGAAAAUUCUGGUGUGUUUUCAAAAACAUUUGUCAUAAAUGGUUUAGAAUGUGCAGGCUUAGAAUGUGUUCUGAAAUUCAUGACAACUUUUACCCAAAUAUCCCAAAAAUAGGCUACAAUAUUCUGCGAAAUAUUUAUCACCUGUAAAGUAAUCUAUGAAAUGUGAGUUUGAUCAAAUUCCUGUAAAAAUGGCCAAAAUAUAUUGCAGAAAUAAGUAAGGUAAGUUAGCAUUAAUUUUUUUAUGUUAUACUUAUUUGAUCACAUUAAUUUAUCUCUUUGGCUCCAUGCAUUUCUUUUAGGGUCUAUGAUUACCACUUUUAGUCUGAUUUAACUUGCUGAAUUCCUAGACAUAUAACUUAAAAUCUUAAUUUUGUUACUAGUAUUUAAAAAUACCAACCACACUACUUGCCUAUAUAAAUAUAGGAUACUAUAUACAAAAUAGGAAAAAUAGUGAAGGCUUUACCUAUUGAUUCUCAAUGCAGUCUUACCUCUGAGGGACGAUGAAGCCAAAGUACAGUGUGUUUCUGUUAUUGUCCAGGUGAUCCACUGGUCUGAUGAGAACACCCCCAAUAAUGAACUCAUCAAGCGUCUACAGCUCUGCUGCUACCAGCAGGUAUUUCUUAGGAGAUCUCAUCAAAUCAACAUCUUGAUGAUUCCUUGAUAAGUUGAAUUACAUGUGUUAGUCCUGGACUGGAACAAAAGCCUUUACACUCUGUAGCUCUAAGACUGUCAGUCAGUCAACAGGGCAAGGAAGGUACAAGUAGUAUUUAUAUAUUUCUCAAAUCAAAUCAAAGUUUACUGGUCGCAUAAACAGAUAUGCAGAUGUUAUCGCAGGUGCAGCGAAAUGCUUGUGUUUCUAGCUCCAACAGUGCAGUAAUACCUAGCAAUAAAAAUUUAAUAAUACAAUACACAUAUAAUCCAGAAAAAUUAAAGAAAUUAAGAAAUAUCAGAACGAGCGAUGUCAGAGACGGAAUAAAACUAUGUUUACCACAGGAGGUUGGUGGCAUGUUAAUUGGUUUCUAUGUGUUUGAUGCCAUUCCAUUCCGUUCCAGCCAUUAUUAUGAGCCGUCCUCCCCUCAGCAGCCUCCACUGGUUUCCAUGGUUUCUAUGUGUUUGAUGCCAUUCCAUUCCGUUCAGCCAUUAUUAUGAGCCGUCCUCCCCUCAGCAGCCUCCACUGGUUUCCAUGGUUUCUAUGUGUUUUGAUGCCAUUCCAUUCCGUUCCAGCCAUUAUUAUGAGCCGUCCUCCCCUCAGCAGCCUCCACUGGUUUCCAUGGUUUCUAUGUGUUUGAUGCCAUUCCAUUCCGUUCCAGCCAUUAUUAUGAGCCGUCCUCCCCUCAGCAGCCUCCACUGGUUUCCAUGGUUUCUAUGUGUUUGAUGCCAUUCCAUUCCGUUCCAGCCAUUAUUAUGAGCCGUCCUCCCCUCAGCAACCUCCACUGGUUUCCAUGGUUUCUAUGUGUUUGAUGCCAUUCCAUUCCGUUCCAGCCAUUAUUAUGAGCCGUCCUCCCCUCAGCAGCCUCCACUGGUUUCCAUGGUUUCUAUGUGUUUGAUGCCAUUCCAUUCCGUUCCAGCCAUUAUUAUGAGCCGUCCUCCCCUCAGCAGCCUCCACUGGUUUCCAUGGUUUCUAUGUGUUUGAUGCCAUUCCAUUCCGUUCCAGCCAUUAUUAUGAGCCGUCCUCCCCUCAGCAGCCUCCACUGGUUUCCAUGGUUUCUAUGUGUUUGAUGCCAUUCCAUUCCGUUCCAGCCAUUAUUAUGAGCCAUCCUCCCCUCAGCAGCCUCCACUUAUAUUUACAUAUCAUGUAUAUAAAUAAAUAGACAUAUAAUGGUGUGUACAGACAGUAUGGACAGUAUAUGAAUAGAAAAGGUGUGCACAGCAGUAGUUACAGUAUAUAGGAUUAGCCAUGACUAGAAUACAGUAUAUACUGUACAUAUGAAGUGGGUAAAGCCAUUAAAACACUCCUUCUCAAAGGAAAUGUCGGUUACUUUACACUUCCGCUGCAGUGUGUCGGCUAUGGAUUUGACAUUGAGUUUGAUAUAUUUCAGGAAAGAAGCCCUCUGGUGUUUGUCCUGAGUUCUUGGGUGUCUGCUGGCAUCCUGUCCCACGGGCUCAGAGGGACCAUAGAGAGAUGGCUUUCCAUCCCUACAACCAUGAGGACAAAUGUUCUUGAUGAGAGGUAAGAGAAGUGGUAUGGCCGUAUGCCUAUCUCCAUGAUUUCUCCUCAGUAACAACACCGUGCAGCAACUUCUAUCAGUAGAAACAGAAAGUCUGUUACCUGAACAUUUCAGUAUACAAGUAUCCACUAUGGUCAAAGAUAGUGUCAGAGAAUGAUUGUCUUUGUGUUUUGGGAAGGUUUCCGAUGGAUGUCACGGAGCCCAGAGUUGAGAGGGUAAGCAGAAGAAGGCAGUAUGGAAAGUCAGGCAGGCAUCUUACAGUACAUUUAGUCACUUUUAUCAAUGUUUUGUUGGAUUUACUGAGCGGAAUCACCUGACUGUUAGUCCCUCUGGAUAAAGCAAAGAGACUGUUGUUAUUGCAUUGAAAACUGAUUGUGUAACAUUCUAUUGUCUCAUAACUAUUGUUGUCCUCUUGUCCUCAGGCUGGUGGAUCCAGCACACGUUUGACCACGCUCAGGACGCUGCGCCCAUCACCCAUCCACCUGCCUAACCUGUAAGUGCUACUUGCUGUUAGUGAAAGGCCCAGCUGUGUGUUUGAAGCAGGGAUGCCAUCAAUUCCUUUUCAAUUCAGUCAAUUCAAGAAGUAAACUGAAAUUCCAGUUCGAAUCCCAAUUUUCCUCAAUGUUUCUUUAUGAGAAAAAAAAUGGAUUUGGAAUUUCUGUUUACUUCCUGUAUUCACCUAAUUGAAAUGGAAUUGACCCCAACACUGGUUUGAAGUUAACAUUGUGUUUAAGUUAGUGCUCAUUUUAUUAUAUUUUAUUGUUCAUGUGGUCCCACUCUUGUGAUGAGAUGGUGUUAUCUGGCCCAUCCUGACCCUCUCCUUUGACCUUUCCCCCCUGUGUCUCGCAGGUUGACACAGAGAGCAAUGGGUGAUAGGCUUCAGGCUGUGUCCAGUGGUCUGGGGGUCACAGAGGGCCGUGAGGUAACCAUGACCCAACUUCAAGUCCCUCUCCAUUGUCCUGCCACUGCCAGUCAGAGGGUAGCAGCUCUCCACUGCCUCAGUGACCUGGUGCGAGUGUUCCGCCGCUCUCAUGGCCUGGGGAGUGCCCAGGGAGUGGGUGAAUUGGUAAUAUCCACCACUACGGGGUCAGAGGUCACUCUGCGAGCAGCAGGCAUGUUGCUGAGCUGCCUUCACUUUGAUGGUAGGAUCAGAGUCCAGGUCUCCUUCUCAGGCCAACUCCUCUCCUUGACCCCUGGUGGCUCCAACAAGCCGGCCCACACCACUGCACCACCAGCGAGUGAUCAGACCAAGAGCUAUUUUCCUUGCAAAACCUCUGUGAUCUGUGACAACCCAGUCGAGCCCAGAAGCUCUGGAACAAGAGCCCCAAGCACAAGCAUUGUCAGGCCGCCGCAAAGCUGUGCAUUGUCCCAGAGAUGCUCCUCAUGUACACCCUGGGCAGAUUUGUGUAUGCCAUCUACCACCUGAAGGACUUCUCUCCGUGGACAGAGGAGAUGAUUGAAAAACGUGUGGAGCUGACAAGGCAACUAUUCAUCCUGGUCCAAGAGGCCUUGGCAAAAGCUAUGAAGACCAGAGCCCUACAAAGAGCACUGAGGAGGCUUUCAGAGCCUAACCAAAACCAUGGUCCACUGGAGCUCUGGCUGGGAGACCUGCUCUACAGCAACUUUGAGAAGGACUUCCCUUCACAGCGCCCCCUGGUGCCAGAGGCCUUCCUGGAGGACCACCGGCUCUGCUUGAAAGUGUCUGUCAUGGUGAGCAGGGUUCUCCUCCAGCAUUGGACCCCCAAGAUAACAUCAGUCCCAGAC